AUGCAUAAAUUUCAAAGGGCAUGCACCUGGAAACAAUUGGCAAAUGCAAGCCAAUUUGAUGUGACAUUGGCUGUCAAUCGGCGGGUCUGUUUACCCAAGAUCUACUCAAUAAACAGAUCGGUCAGGCAGUAUUCGACAGCACAAAAUGUCCCUUGCGAGAUUCCAGCAGGCCAACUAGAAUCUAAAACCCAUCCAUUAGGAUGGGAACGAAUUCAGGCUCAAGUUGAGCCUUAUUUCGGUAACAGUUGGAGCUUUGCCAGCGAGAAGGAGAAAAAGGGGUUCCUUGGUCUUGGGUUCUCCCGCGCCUUUAGUCACUUCUUCCCAUUAACGCUAGAUGAUCGCAUCGAUGUGACAUGCAAGAUGCUUUACUUGUCUUUACUCAUUGACGAUCAACUUGAAAAAAUGAGUUUUACACAAAUGCUGUCGUAUCGGGACCGGGUCAUGAAAAUUGCUCUUGGGACAGCGAGCCCCGAUCGACGCAUCUGUCUUGAGUGGAUGCUUCACGAUACUGUCACGGCCAUGCGUAGUAUGGACGAGCUUCUAGCAAAUGAUGUUGCCCAGGGAUUUUGUCAACUUGUGCAGGCCCAGACAUCCCAGGAGAGGUCCACAAUAAAAACCCUCGGAGCGUACCUCAAAUUUAGGGAGAUAGACGUGGGUAGACCAUUCGGUGCCAAGUUCCGUCUCACUACCGCUGAACUCAAAAAGACCACUGCUUUGGAGAGCACCGCAUUUAGGCAUGUCAGUGCUAUGAAUGAUAUCUAUAGCUGGGAGCGAGAAUGGAAAGUAUACCAGGCGAACCCAACCGAUGGUGCCCAGCCAUUCUCCGCCAUCUACAUUUUUGCCAACGAAACAGGAUUAUCAUAUACAGCCUGCAAGCGGUUGAUGUAUAGCUACUGUCGGGAAUUGGAGCUCGCUUUCAAGCAAUCCAGCGAUGAAAUUCGCACGGAAAGCCCGAGACAUGAAUUGGAAAUGUACAUCAAAGGGCUAGAAUAUUUUAUGUCCGGCAUUGAGCUAUGGAGUCAGUGGACUCCACGAUAUCGACACUGA